CCCUGCCCAGCUUCGGCUCCCGGAGCGUUCCUGUCUCGGGCGGAGCUUGAGGCAAGGCGGAAGCGGCGGGGCGCGGACUGAUGGCAGGCUCCGGAGGCAGCGGCAUGGUCGGCACUGAGCACCUAUUUAAGGUGCUAGUGAUCGGGGAACUGGGUGUCGGCAAGACCAGCCUCAUCAAGCGCUACAUCCACCAGCUCUUCUCCCAGAACUACCGCGCCACCAUCGGCGUCGACUUCGCCCUGAAGGUCCUGCAUUGGGAUUCCAACACUCUGAUCCGCCUCCAGCUCUGGGACAUUGCAGGUCAGGAACGAUUCGGGAACAUGACAAGGGUUUAUUACAAAGAAGCAGUUGGAGCUAUUGUAGUCUUUGAUGUAUCUCGGCGAUCAACAUUUGAAGCUGUUGUGAAAUGGAAGGAUGACUUGGACAAAAACGUGAAGCUCCCCAAUGGGAAGCCAAUCCCUGCCGUGCUUUUAGCAAACAAGUGUGAUCAUCAGCAGUGGGAUGGUUUGGAGAAUAAUCAAACCUCAAUGGACCGCUACUGCAAGGAAAAUGGUUUUGUAACUUGGUUUCAAACUUCGGCAAAGGACAACAUAAAUGUUGAUGAAGCCGUGAAAUUCUUGGUGGGGAAUAUUCUGUCCAUCGAAUGCAUCCACCAAAUAUCAGAGGACUCCAGUGCAGAUGAUACAAUUAAAUUAACGGAGUAUACUGAAGAGCGUGAGAACAAGUCACAAUGCUGCUAACGCACCAUGUCUGUCUUCCUCAAAUGUCUAACUAUCCAUUUUGGAAGGCACAAUAUCCAGUUGACCUUUUCUACACAACAGUGAACUUGGGUGAUUGUUAAACAAAACUAACGAGCAGUAGCAUGAUUUAGGCUAACAUCUGUUUAAAAUGAAAAUGUUAUCAUAGUUUUAAUUAAAAGUGGAAUGGUAGAAUGGUAAGAGCAAUAUAUUCUCCAUUUGUGUAUUAUGCUUUUGAAAUAACUUUAAAAUGUAGUUACUUUGUCAGUUUUUCAAGCAGGAUCUAUUUUGUGUAGUCUAUCUUGUGUUAUCUCAGUAUUUCCGGUCUCAGGUGCUUGCUUCUGACCAAUUGAAAGACAGGAGAAUAGGGUUGAGAGGGAAAAUAAAUCAGCCAUGAUCUAAUGGAGGAGCAGACUUGAUGGCCUAAUUGUAGUCCUCUAUCUUUUGGUCAGUAGCAAUAUUUUACUUAAGUUCAUUAAACUGUUUAAGAAGUGACACAGUUGUUAUGACAUCCUGUGAAAUGUGUUGUAAACCGGGUGAGAUGCUUCAAAUAAGGGUUUUAUGCAAUACUUGCCACUACAGCAAAUUCUUCCUUAAGUAUCCUGGCUUUAAGGGUUUGUGAAUUUCUCAAAUUCUUGGCUGCAGCAGCUCAUACCUGUUAAUUCCAAAUUGAUGGUCAACAGAAGUAGGUAGGAAUUUACUGGUAUUCAAACUCUCAGGUAUAGUCCCACUUACUCACCCUCCCAAGCACCAAGACCAACUCCUUCCAUGUUUCAUUAGUGUCUGUCAUUGUGCUGUGUUUAACCCGCCUUCUUCUGAAGCCCUCACCUCUCUGAUUGUUACUUCCAGUCUUGUUGGGAGGGGAAUGUGGCUGAUUGUUUCUGUGGUUAUAAAUCUGAUACACUUCAACUGAAGUGACCUUGACUUGAGCUAACCUAACACGCACCAUUUCCUCGUUCCACGUCUUGUACAGGCUUCCAGUGUAUUUGAAUUGAAAAUUUUCAUCCUUGCAAUUAAGCUUUCUGAUAGCUUCUAUAUCUCUCUAUUUCUUCAUCCCCAAAUCCUGCAUUCUCCCAAUUCUAGUCUCUUAGUAGCAUCUGCCACCUUUAUCCACUUUUGAGUGAAAAUUAAAGCAUUUGUACUUCCAAAUGCUUGGGCUCUGAGCACUGGAAGUCUCGCCUUAAAAAAAUAAACUGCCUCAAGAGUAUUCCAGUGUACUUUGUGUCUUUUUCCUCCAUGUGUCUUUUUGAAACUCUGAGUGAGUGUUUAUUCUGCACAGAGUCAGAGGGAGGAAGGUGACAGUCUGACCUUGGGAAAUUGGAGGAGAAUGCAUAAAGUCCUACAGCAUGAAAACAGUCCAGUCAGCCCACUAUCCACUGGGACCAUGAUACACCCGUUAACACUACCCACAGUUUCUAUCCCUCAGCCACAGACCAGGCUAAUUCACCUACCGACUCACGUCUUUGGGAUGUGGGCAGAAACUGAAGCACCAAGGGGAAACCCAUGUGGUCACAGGAGGAAUGUGCAAACUCCGCAUUAACAGCGUUGAAAAUCAGGAUUGAUCCCAGUUCACUGUAAGGUAGCAGCCCUGUUUGUAGGCAGUCCAAUGCUGGAAAAAAAGGGGCAAACACAGAAUCUCAUGGCAGAUUUCCAUGCCUUUCCUGAACUAUAGUCUUUGAGAGAGCAUUGAACCUCAUGUAAUAAGGGUAAACCUUCUGCUAGCCGUGUGCCCUCUUGCCAGCAUUUGAUAAGUCCCUUCAUAGAAUUUCUCUACCAGACACUUACAUGGGUCAGAAAUUUAAAAUAAACUACACAGUGGUCUAGAUAAGAUCACGUAUUGAAUUUCAGCACAGUGUCUUGGACAUUCUGGAUAGUGUAUUGGUAAAAACAGGGAAAUGACAUAAGAGCCACUUGGAACAGAUUGGAUGGUGUGAAUGUUUGCAUCAUAUUUGCUACAAGUACAAUUUCUGUUUUUAAAAAAAAACAUGAGUUUGUGAAUCUGAAAUACCUACCAGUUCUCACAAGCAUGGAUCUUUUCCAGGGUUCAGUCAUCCUCAGCUCCGGGCUGAUACUUGUUGACGUCAUUGUGGUGAUAAUGCCAGGGACAGGUUCCACACCCAUGAUGAGGAAUCUCAUUCUCUCUGCCACUCCACCUAGCACCUUCACUGCUUGUUUUGUCUUGCUGCCCAACUUGCAUAUCCACUGUGAAUGAGCUACACAGUUUCCUCGGCCUAUGCUACUGUCUCCAUAUCUGAGCAACUGCUGGUGUCCUACCAUCAGCACUUGCUAAACCACCCUCACUGUGCCAUAUGACUCCACAUUGAGCUUCUGAGCACUAAUCCUCUCCAUCACGAACACCAGCUUCUUUCACUUCCAUAGAUCUGUCUAUCACAGCAAAUUAGUUCCAUCAAUUCAAACUAUCAAGACCCUUGGCCAUUAUUAAAUACUUCAGUUAGAUCUCCUACUAUUCUUGUAUAUUCAAGAAUAUACUCAGAAUUUAAACCUUUUAGUCCAGGGAUAAUUGUGGUGAAUUUAUGCUGUAGCCCCAAUGACACCAAAAUAUAUUCCUCAAUCUGCAGCACUGAAAACAAUUCAUUAUUCAAGAUGAGGACUAAGUAGAGCUUUAUACUGCUACAAUACAAUGUCCAGUCUUUUCUGUUCCAGAACAUUUGAAAUUAAGGCCAGCAUUCUAUAAUCCAUUUUUAAAUAUAUAUAUAUAUAUUUUUUGAUGCUAGCUAGUUUUAAAAACAUUUCUGGCUUUUUGGAAACUAUUCUGAUUUAUCUUAGGUUCAAAACAAAUGAGCUCCCACUUUGAAUUCCAUUUAGCACUGCCCAAUCUAUCAAUGUUCAUAUGCAACGUCUUAUGCCCAGUGCACAAUUUACUGUAUCACCUACUUUAAUAUCAUCAGCAAAAUUAAAUGUAAUGCUUUUGGUUGCUUUAUCUGGGUAUAUGCUAUAUACUGACAAUGCAGCCAGUCAUUUCAAAUUGGGUGUACUCCCAGUAUGUUUACUAUCUGUCUCCUACUUAUUAAUCAAUUUUUUGUAUCAGGGAAAUACUGAUUCUUUUAUUGUGCAUUCAUUUUUUCUAAACAAUCAUUCAUGUAGAAUCUUAUUAACUGUCUUUUAGAGGUCUGUGUAAAUCACAUAAGUUUUUCCUCCCCUACUGUUUCUAAGAAAUUAAACUCAAGUCAUUUUGUAUGAGUUGUAAUUGUAAAUCCAUUCUGGUUGUUAAUAAUUAGUGGAAAAUAACAGGUUAUUCUAUCCUGAACAGAUUCUGGUUACUUUCCCCAUAAUAAAUGUCUAUGCUAAGAAGUAUUUAAUUACUUUUAUUUCCAUUUCCCUUAAAAGAAGCCUCAGGUUAUUUCAAUAAUACAGUUUUUUGCUAGUGAACCUUGUCAUCUAGAAGGAUAUAAGCACCAGGAAAUGGGAAAUGUAAUACUGCACUAUCUCCAGUGACUCUGACUUGUAACUAUAUCACACAGUGAGAAUGUUGGAAAUUGGCAUCUGGUAACAUUGUGGGGCAAAUGUCAAUAACUUCUGGCUAACCAAGCAACAUUCUCUGUUUGGUAAUUAUUUAUUAUGCACAAAUUUCCUGCUGCUCUACCUACAUUAAAGCAUCGAAUACAUUACAAAAUAAUUAAUCAACUACAGAGCAAAUUCGAGUGAAUGGAAAGAUGCUAUGUAAAUGCAAGUGUUGUUUUCACUUUCCUCACAACUCUACUGAGAAGUGAGCUAGGAUUAUGUGCUUGACUCCUGGAAAGAGACCAACUUUAGUGUCUCUUCUCUCUGUUUCCACUUAAAAACUACAUGUGAUCUAGUUUCACUUUCGUACAGUGGGAGAUUGAUGAUUAUAUCUCAAAGUCUUGCACUUCCUAUCCAUAAAAGUUCUGUUACAAAUAUUAACAUUUUCUAUUAAUGUUACUAUUUUAAUAGGGAAACUGUUGUUAUCCACAAUUAUGAUGAAAGUACAUAUCCUAAGGUUUAGGGAGGCAAAAUUCUGUCAACAGUUCUGUUUUGCCUGCCAUGGUUUGUUAACUGAAAUAGCAGCACUCCAUUUUCUAUUUUUCUCUUUGAAAUUCUUGAUUCAAUAUUUAAAAAAUCUCAUGAUCUGAUGCAUCUCUGGCAAUGUCAUCUGGAAAAAGUGACCUCACUUUCCACACUUAAAUAGAUGACGCCCAACUCCACCUGACCACCACCUAUCCUGGUUCUUUACAGCUAUUAUACUUACAAUUAACUAUAAAAACAGUAAAGAGUAUCUGCACCAUCUCUGCAGAUUGCUAAAUAUUCUGAAGAUUGGAGUAACUAUCUGUGGUUGUAGUCUGUAGUUUUCACUUCUACUCUCCCCCCUUACGAAAGUUAUUGAGACAACUCACAGUUUUUGUGUGUAACAAUUGACCUUAAGAUGAGCCUCAGAGUACAAUUCUAUGCUAUCAAUCUAAUACCAUCUUUGUAACACUGCUGAACCCCACCCCACUAAACUACUGCUGAGAUCCUUAAUCAUGCUUUUUUAUACAUCCAUUCCAGUUCUCUCUGCUGCUCAUGAGCUAACAGGAAUGUUCAUUCAUCGAUCCUGGUUUUGCUGACUUAAAAGCAAACACUUUGAUUUUAGGAUGCUAAUCUCCCCAUGGCCAUGCCCUUUCCUAAAUCUGCAGUCUUCUCCCUAACCCUUUAACUCUUAAUUCUCUAAUUUCAGGCUCUGCUUGUCCACAAAUUUGAUUGAUCUACCACUGGUGGCCAUGCCUUCAGAAACCAGAGCGCUAGUGUCUAGAAGUUUCACCCUUGAACGUCUGUUCCUCUUGUCUCUUCCCCUUCAGCAGACUCCCAUACACCAAACUCUUUGAUGAAACUUUUGGACAUCUUAAUUUUAUUUGUUUAGUCACACUCCUGUGAGGAGUCUUGGGAUAUUUUGCUGCCUUAAACAGAAUAUAAUGGAAAUUGUUGUAAUACACCCCUGUUAUCUUGUUUAGUAACAAUAAAGUUUUUUUAAAUCAA